AUGUUCAUUCCUUGCGCGCUGCUUCUCCUGGCAGCGUGCGAUGCGGUACGUGAUGUCAAAACCAAAGACAUGCUGUCCAUUGCCAGAGACGACGCAGCAUGUUCAGUGACUGCAACCCCGAGCCGCCUCGAUAUACGAUCCUUGGUGUUCCCUGCACCGAAUUUCACCUACCUGCGAUCCCGGGAGCUCUUCAUUUCCAGGACGGCGGCUUGCGACGCGCCCUUGGAGGGGUUGAAGCUCCUGAAGGUGAAGAAGUCCAUCGACGCCAAGCGAGCACAGCUCGCCCAACGCUUCCGUGUGAAACAGAUCCGAACCAUAUUGCAAGAUGCAGCGCGGCACAAACCGUCAAUGCAGACUGCCAAACAGGCCGUCUUGGGAAUCCCAGGGGAGGAAGAGCACGUGCCAGCUGUUGAACUGCACAUGUUCCCAGUAGACCCCGCCAAGGCCGACUCAAUGUGGGAGGUGCUCUUAGUACCCUCUGUCAGGGAGGCCUUUCAUGAGACCUGGUUCUUGUGCCAGCCCGAAGACUCGUUUACCGGCAAUCCAUGCAUUGCCAAGCUGCCAUUUGAACUUGAACCCUUGCCUUUCCACUUAAGCUCCUUAGCUGGGUGUUGGUACCUGCAACUGGACCGUCACCGAUCUUCUCCAGCCCGGCUGCUGCAGCUGACGGAAAUCAUCUUGGCUCUGGGCUUCAUGCUUCUCUUGGGCCUCAGUAUCUACACCACUUACCAGGCGUACAUCAUGUCGGGAUCGCCACCCUGUCCACCUCCGACCGCCGAAGGAUGGACGUUUCCGUAUUCAU